AUGCCAAUUUUAGAAUUUUUAGAUAAUUUUAAAAAUAAAUUAUAUAAAUCAGAUAGAUUUUUUUCAUAUAUUUAUUUAUUAUCUUCAUUUAUAUUAUCGUUAUCAAUAUCAAAAUGUUUAUUAAAUAAUCAACUAUCAUUUUUUAAAUUAAUUAAAAUUUUAAUACCAGAAUUUAUUUUUUUAGAAUUAAUAAAUUUAAAAAUUAAUAUUAAUAAUAAUAAAAACAAUACCCAAAAUAAUUAUUUAUUAUUUAUAAAAGGAUUAUUAAAUACCUUAAAUUAUUUAAUUAUUAUGCCAUUAAUUAUAUAUACUCAAAAUAAUAAAAGUUUUCAUUGGUUACAAAUUUUCCAUUAUUAUUUUAUUUUUUUACUUGGUUCAUUACAAGUAAUUCAUUGUAAUUAUUUAAAUUUUUUAUCAUCUAUUAUUGGUGAAAAUAAUUCAUUUAAUUUAUUUUUUGGUUAUAUUCAUUUUACUAAUUUAAAUUAUUAUUUUUAUUAUUAUUGUAAUUAA